UACAGUUUCAGACGUGCAGCAGACACCGAAGACAACGGUUGAUAAUCGUGCCUGAGUUCAAAAACGAAAGUUUAAUUUUCGAUAACGCUGUUGCAACAUAAAAAGUGCUGGUGAAAAUGGUGUCCGCUCUGAAAUGCAGUUUGGCCGUGGCCGUUAUGAUCAGUCUGGCCUGUUCGGCCUAUGCCAUUAAGUGUUAUCAGUGCGAGUCCCUGACAAUGCCCAAGUGCGGCCUGAAGUUUGAGGCUGAUGAGACCCUGCUGUUGGAUUGCGCCCGCAUUGGACCCCCACGCUAUCUGCAGAACUUCUUCCCCCUGCGCAACGCCACUGGCUGCAUGAAGAAGACCCUUGAGAGCGUGGCCGGACAUCCCCAGAUCGUGAGGAGCUGCUACUUCGGUGACAUCAACAACAUCCAGGGUGGCUGCCAGUCGGAUCCCUCAUUGCCCUUCGUCAAGCAGCUGGGCUGUGAUGUCUGCACCAAGGACGAGUGCAACGGAUCCUCUUCCCUUGCCCCCAUUGCCGGUGCCAUCGUCCUCUUCUUUGGCGUGGCUCGCCUGCUGGCCUAGAUCUUAACUAGCUAGUAACUGACUCUCUUUGUAGUAUUUCGUGGUUUUGUUUUGUGUAAAUUUCUUCUAAAUUGUAUUUCAUAAUAAAUGAAGGACAGGAGGUUGUCCUGGCAAUAUACCAAAA